AUGGGGGUAACAGGCGCCUGGAUGUCUCCAGUUGCUGUCACUUCGCUCCCCGAAUCUUCCGGAGACUCUGCAGACGUUUAUACAACUGGAACUCCCCCCAGUGCUGGAAAUAUGAAUCUUGAACCUUUGGCUCUUUUCAUCUGGAGUGUUGCUGUGCAACUGCGCGACCGGCAGUUGUGUGGCUUUUUCUUCUUGUGUGACGGGGACAUGAGUUCACUGCAGAUGCACAACAUGCAGCUGCCCCAAUUGGUGAAGAGAGACAGGUGUUUCAGGAGGGCCUUCCAAAAAAAAAAAUGUUUGGUAGAGAUUGUCAAGGGCCUUGACGAAUACAAAAAACAUUUAUUAGUUGUGAAUGAAUGGAUUCAAGAUGAAACGCAGCAAGUGGAUUUAUUGCUCGUCAGCAUGAAAAAUCUGGCUGAUUUGCUCACUUUCCAGAACAAGGUUCAAGAAAAUAUUACUCACCAGCACAAGGAGAUUUUUACUCCAGACAAACUUCCUAAUAGUGUCUGGGACAAGCAACUGAAAAUUCACGUGAUUCUUAGAAACUUUGCACUCUUCAUGGAAAGUACUGUUCGAGCCAUUCGAUUCAUGAAUUGA